AUGUUGCCUUCAGGCAUGUUGUAGGAGCGCGGAGUGACAGUGGCCCUGACGAGUCAACCAGCUGAGGAGGGGACAUGCGCUGCAUGGUGUAGCUCGCUCAGUAACUCCAUAACCAACGACAUGGCCGGCUGGGGAACCUUCUUUUUUUCCCUCCUCAAUUACAAGACAGAAAAAUAUGUUAUCGCCGAGAACAGGAAGAUCGGAAUACUUUUUCGAAUCUACCAACUGGCUGUGCUUGGAUACAUAAUCGGGUGGGUGUUUGUCAUGAAGAAGGGCUACCAAGAGAGAGAGGAGGCCAUCCAGUCCUCUGUCAUCACCAAGCUCAAAGGUGUCACUCUGACCAACAACUCCGAGAGCGGGCUUCACCUCUGGAGCUCGGAGGACUACGUCAUUCCACCAAAUGGUGAACAGGUUUUCUUCGUGGUAACAAAUUACAUCGAGACCCCCAAUCAGAGACUGGGUUUCUGUGCAGAGAGUUUCAAAGUACCCGACGGGCAGUGUCUUAGCGAUGAUGACUGCAUUGAAGGAGAGACUGUCAUAGCAGGACAUGGGAUUAAAACAGGCUUGUGUAUAAACAGCACCGGGACCUGUGAGAUCCAUGCCUGGUGUCCUGUAGAAUACAGCAAGAGACCCACAGUGCCAUUACUGAGCCAAGCUGAGAACUUCACCGUUUACAUUAAGAACUUCAUCAGGUUUCCAAAGUUCGACUUCUCCAAGUCCAACGUUCUUGACAACGCUGAUGACAGUUACUUGAAAAGAUGCUCCUAUGACCAUGUCGACCAUCCUUACUGUCCCAUUUUUCGGCUCGGAGAUCUGAUCAAAUGGGCUGGACACGAUUUCCAAGACAUGGCUGCCAAGGGCGGCUCUGUUGGCAUCCUAAUAGAGUGGUACUGUGAUUUGGAUAAAGAUUACUCUAAAUGUAACCCACAGUAUAGUUUCACCCGUUUGGACAACAACGUGAACAACUCUGUCACAUCAGGAUACAACUUCAGAUACGCCAAAUACUUCAAGGAUCAAAAUGGGGAAAACUUUCGCACUUUGUAUAAAGUAUAUGGGAUUCGCUUUGACAUCAUGAUCAAUGGACAGGCAGGGAAAUUUAAUAUUAUUCCCACAAUAAUCGCCAUUGGUUCUGGAGUUGCUCUUCUAGGAAUCGGAGCCUUUGUGUGCGAUAUGAUCUUGCUGUACAUGAUGAACACCAGCUCCUUCUAUCGAAACAAGAAAUUUGAGAUCAUCAAUUUCAAGAAAGAGCGGAACUCAAUCAGGGAAAAGAAGACACGGGAAAGGUUAAGAAAAUCCAAGAAAUUAGCUUUAGAAAAAGAGGCUGUCAAUACCACGAAUGAGGAUAUCGAAGCCACGGGGGCUCAGAACGAGCCCAACAAGGACAAGCGGGGUCCCACCAUUCCACGCAACACGGGGCAGCGGUACACUUCUACCCUCUCUCCCCAGGGUGCAGAACCAAAGCAUCACAUCACGUUCGCCUCACGCAAUUGAAAAUGGAAGUCACUGAUCACUUUACUGACAGAGUGCUGGCUCGCCACCUGCUUUAGUGAUUCUUUUGCCAUGAGGGCGGGGCGACUAGUCAAGACAACUGCACUGUGUAAAGACCGACGCAGAAAUGUAGUUGCUGGCUGAUGAGUGAAUCGCAACUCAAAAUGGCAUUUUGAGGGAUAGGCGUCCAAGCUCUUUUAAUCCUUCUGCUGUGAAUUCCAAUGAGUUUAUCAGUAGUAGACAUCCAAACCAUUUGAAGUGGGAGGGUGGCACUGUAAGUUAACAAGUGCUGAAUUCUGUGCUGCUUAUCCUCACAAGGGUGCUAGAGCCUAUCCUGGUAAACUAUGAGCAGGAAACACAGUACAUCCUGACAUGGUUUCCAGCCAAGCACAGAAAAUUGACCUAAAUGUUUUAAUAACUGCUUAUAUUAAUAGUUUAAAGUAUAUAAACAUAAAUAUACAGUGGGGCAAAUAAGUAUUUAGUCAACCACCAAUUGUGCAAGUUCUCCAACUUGAAAAGAUUAGAGAGGCCGGUAAUUGUCAACAUGGGUAAACCUCCACCAUGAGAGACACAAUGUGGAAGAAAAAACCCCAGAAAAUCACAUUGUUUGAUUUUUAAAGAAUAUAUUUCCAAAUUAGAGUGGAAAAUAAGUAUUUGGUCACCUACAAACAAGUAAGAUUUCUGGCUGUCAAAGAGGUCUAACUUCUUCUAACGAGGUCUAACGAGGCUCCACUCGUUACCUGUAUUAAUGGCACUUGUUUUAACUCAUUAUCGGUAUAAAAAAACACCUGUCCACAAUCUCAGUCAGUCACACUCCAAACUCCACUAUGGCCAAGACCAAAGAGCUGUCGAAGGACCCCACAGACAAAAAAUGUAGACCUGCACAAGGCUGGGAAGACUGAAUCUGCAAUAAGUAAAACGCUUGGUGUAAAGAAAUCAACUGUGGGAGCAAUUAUUAGAAAAUGGAAGACAUACAAGACCACUGAUAAUCUCCCUCGAUCUGGGGCUCAAUGCAAGAUCUCACCCCGUGGCAUCAAAAUGAUAACAAGAACCGUGAGCAAAAAUCCCAGAACCACACGGGGGGACCUAGUGAAUAACCUACAGAGAGCUGGGACCACAGUAACAAAGGCUACUAUCAGUAACACAAUGCGCCGCCAGGGACUCAAAUCCUGCACUGCCAGACAUGUCCCCCUGCUGAAGAAAGUACACAUCCAGGCCCGUCUGCGGUCCUGCUAGAGAGCAUUUGGUUGAUCCAGAAGAGGACUGGGAGAAUGUGUUAUGGUCAGAUGAAACCAAAAUAUAACUUUUUGGUAGAAACACAGGUUCUCGUGUUUGGAGGAAAAAGAACACUGAAUUGCACCAUACCCACUGUGAAGCAUGGGGGUGGAAACAUCAUGCUUUGGGGCUGUUUUUCUGCAAAAGGACCCGGACGACUGAUCUGUGUAAAGGAAAGAAUGAAUGGGGCCAUGUAUUGAGAGAUUUGGAGUGAAAAUCUCCUUCCAUCAGCAAGGGCAUUGAAGAUGAGACGUGGCUGGUUCUUUCAGCAUGACAAUGAUCCCAAACACACAGCCAGGGCAACAAAGGGGUGGCUUCGUAAGAAGCAUUUCAAGGUCGUUGAGUGGCCUAGCCAGUCUCCAGAUCUCAACCCCAUAGAAAAUCUGUGGAGGGAGUUGAAAGUCCGUGUUGCCCAACGACAGCCCCAAAACAUCACUGCUCUAGAGGAGAUCUGCAUGGAGGAAUGGGCCAAAAUACCAGCAACAGUGUGUGAAAAGCUUGUGAAGAGUUACAGAAAACGUCUGGCCUCCGUUAUUGCCAACAAAGGGUACAUAACAAAGUAUUGAGAUGAACUUUUAGUAUUGACCAAAUACUUAUUUUCCACCAUGAUUUGCAAAUAAAUUCAUUAAAAAUCAAACAAUGUGAUUUUCUGUUUUUUUUUCCACAUUGUCUCUCAUGGUUGAGGUUUAUCCAUGUUGACAAUUAAAGGCCUCUCUAAUAUUUUCAAGUGGGACUACUUGCACAAUUAGUGGUUGACUAAAUACUUAUUUGCCCCACUGUACAAUGAUUUACAGAAGCUGCCAGAACAUACCUCGGUUGAAAUUGACCGUUACUGGUGUUCAUAAGAAAAUGAACAUAAAACUUUCAUUUAUUUUAAAGUCACCAUUUUGAUUUGACAAUAAAAAAUACAGUGAGGAGUAUAAGUAUUUGCACCCCUUGUUAUUUUGCAAGUUCACCCACUGAGAACAUAGGUAGAGGUCUGAAAUUUCAAUCAUAGAUGCAUUUCCACUUAUAGAGACAUAAUUUAAAAAAAAAAAAAUCUGAACUCACAUUGUAUGUAUUUUUCAAUAAUUUAUUUGUAAUUUACUGGGGUUCACAAGUAUUUGUACCCCAUGUGUGACUCGACCUUAAAAAAGUCUACCUUACUAUCCCAUGAGUAACCACCCAUCAACCACCCGUUUGAGCUCAUUAUUGUCACCUUUAGGCUACACCCCACAGUCAGUUAUAAUCCAACUGCUAACAUGGGCAGGACCAAAAAGCUUUAAAAGACACCAGAGAAAAUUGUUGAGCAACACAAAGGCUAUGGGACAAUGGAAAGCAUCUUGGUGAGAAUAAAUCUACAGUUCCAGUCAUUGUUAGAAAAUGGAAAAGAAAAAAGUCUGAUAAUCUAAUAUAAUUGGACUAGGGCUCCAUGUAAAAUAUCUCCUCGUGGGGCAUCGCGUGAGGGCUCAGCCGAGAAGUACACGACAUGAGCUGGUCAAUGACCUGAAGAGAGAGGGAUGCACAGUUUUCAAAGGCUACUGUUAGUACACGACGCUGCAAUGGUUUAAAAUCAUGCAUUGCUCAGUAGGUUCCCGUGUUGAAGCCAGCAUAUGUGAAUUCCCGUCUGAAGUUUGCCAGGGACCAUCUGAAUGAUGCAGAGGGAGAAAGUCAUGUGGUCUGACGAGACCAAAGUAGAACUUUUGGGUGCAAACUUUACUCAUCUUAUGUGGAGGAAAAAGAAGGAUGAGUACAAUCCCAAAAACACCAUCCCCACUGUGAAGUAUGGGGGUGGAAGUAUUAUGCUUUGGGGGUGCUUUUCGUUAAAGGGGAAAGGACGACUAUACUGUAUAUAACAGAGUGGUGAAAUGUAUUGUCAGAUUUUGAGCCACAACAUUCUUCCCUUAGUCAAAGACUUGAAGAUGAGUCGUGGCUGGAUAUUCCAACAUGACAAUGAUCUGAAGCACACAGCCAAGCUGACCAAGGAGUGGCAGGCUGCAUAAAAAGCAUAUCAAGGUUCUGAGGUGGCCUAGCCAGACUUCAAUUCAAUAGAAAAUCUUUGGAUGGAGCUGAAACUAGAGAUGAUUUGUGGAGGAAUAGGCCAAAAUCCACCCAUCAUCUUCCACUUGCUCCAGGGUCGGGUCGCAGGGGCAGCAGCUUUAACAGGGAAGCCCAGACUAAAAUCCCUGUUUCCAUAUGUGAAAACCUGGUGAAGAACUACAGAAAGCAUCUGACCUCCGUAAUUGCAAACAAAGGCUUUUGCACUAAAUGUUAGCACAGAUUUUCUCCGGGGUACAAAUACUUAUGAACCCUAGUAAUUUACAAUUAUCAAAAAAAUCAUACAAUGUCAGUUCUGGAUUUUUUUAAGAUUAUGUCUGUGAGAGUGGAAAUGCAUCUGUGAUUGAAACUUUCAGACCUCUAUUUUCCAACUGAGUAAACUUGCAAAAUCACAAGGGGUGCAAAUACUUCUGCUCCUCACUGAAUAUUGAUAUUCCCAAAUUCAAUUCAUUUGUGGUUUAGCCACAUUAGACCUGUCCUUCAAUUGUUGCAAUUAACAAAAAUUACCCUAAAAUUCAAAUGCAUUCUUUUUCAUAUUAUCAAAAGCACCCAUCAAUUUUUUUUUUUGCCUUGAUUCACGCAAUGAAUUCAACAUGAGCUACAUUCAAUUGUUACUAUGUGAGUGUAUUCCUAUUUAUUUGAAAGGUCUUAUCGUUGCAAAUGAAUGUAUGUCUUUUCAACAGUAUAAAGCUGAAAAAAAUAAAAUGAC